AUUAUCUUGUUUGUUUUGUGCUAACCUUGUUCGGCUUAUUCAAUGUAGAAGUAUGAAUAGUAGCAACAACAACUGUAACCGUCAGGCAUCCCCGACUCCUUCCUCGCCUCGUCGUCAUCACCAGGCCCCUCUGGCCAUGGACUUCACUCAGCUUAUCGUCCAGUUUCAGAGGAUGAAUGCACCAACUUUUGCGGGGACUGAGAGCCCCACAGCAGUGCUGGAAUGGAUGAAAGAGCUGGAUAAGAUUUUUGCG